AUCCCCCACACCCCAGUAGAGUGGCAUCUUCUCCCUCUAACAGUUGAAAUCAAAACCCUGUUUUUGGUUUCAGCUGACAAAAACAAAGCUUUCUAGAUUCACGAUGCAACCCAAAUCGCCUUUGCUCCUGCUUCUUCUUCUCUCUCUUCAAUUAUUCAUCUGCUUCGCAUUCGCUCAAUCUACCACCGGGUCCGCUGAAGGUUACACCAUUUAUGGUCGAGUGAAGAUCCCCAGCAAUUUAGGAACAAAAGACUAUAUAAUUCCCGGAAAAGUGUCGAAUGUCAAAGUCAUACUCAAUGGUGGUCAGAGAGUUACUUUUUUGAGGCCUGAUGGAUAUUUCUCAUUCCACAACGUCCCUGCAGGGACUCAUCUAAUUGAAGUGGCUGCACUCGGCUAUUUCUUCUCUCCGGUACGAGUUGAUGUCAGCGCCAGAAACCCCGGCAAAAUACAGGCAGCAUUGACGGAAAGUAGGAGGGGGCUCACUGAGUUUGUAUUAGAGCCAUUGAAGGAGGAACAAUAUUAUGAGAUUAGGGAACCAUUCUCUAUUAUGUCCAUUGUGAAAAGUCCAAUGGGUCUGAUGGUGGGAUUUAUGCUCAUUGUUGUCUUCCUCAUGCCCAAAUUAAUGGAGAACAUGGAUCCAGAAGAAAUGAGACGUGCACAAGAAGAAAUGAGAAAUCAAGGAGUUCCAUCUUUGGCAAGCAUGUUACCUGGUGCUGCAAGAAGCAAUUAGGUGUAUGAGCAAUAAGGAACAAGUGAGCAAGGUGAUUGAACUGAACAGGAGCUCAAGAUUUGUGGCAUACUAUGAUUGCCAAAGUUUGUUAUGGAUGCUAAGAAAAAUAUCUUUGGUAUUUAUAUUCUGGAAUAGUUGAAUUUGGAAAUUCCUGAUAAGAUGUUAGAAAGUUUGAUUUAAUUUAAACGCUCAGUGUAGGACAUCAAUUAUAAUGCUCACCUUACAAACAUGCCCUCAUAUGGAUAGGAACUUUUUGGUUUGAAAGUAGAAACUUGUAUAAUAUUCUUCUAGUCAUUCUUUUGCUCGAGAAAAGAAUUGAAUUGUGAUCUCUUUUUGCUGCAUAGUGGAUGAGUGGAGUUGGUUGUCUUCCUCUUCAAGCUUAGCACCUUA